UUAUCUGCUGACAUCGCUAAUAAAUCACAAAACUAUUUUUCUAUUUCAGAAAUUAAAAGUGCUUUAAAUAAUUUGGUAAUAUUUUUUGGUUAUUCCACGUUAAUAAAUCUGUUUGGAUAUACAUUAUAUUUUGAGCGAGUGUAGAGAUCAUGGAGACAAAUGCUGAAGUGGUAGAAAGACAAAAGCUCGUAACAAACGACAAUGAUGGAGAUGAAGAUAUUAACAACCAUACCAAUGUGCCAAAAUCAGGUCCUAAACCAGAAAGUAUCCUUCCUACUCCGGCAGUUCCCAAAAUGAUUAUAAAGAAUGUCUCCAGUGGGGAUACAACUCGAAGUAGAAAUUCAGCUAGUUGUUCCAUAGAACGAACGUCUGAAAAAGGUCAACUAACCUCAGCUAAGGUAACAUAUAUAAAUGAGCGACGUACACGUCCAAAUCUGCAAAUUAGUGCAAGCCUGAGUGGAUGCAACAAUGAUGAACGACUUGAUUUCAAAUCACGACAACGUAAAUUGCUUAAAGAAAAAGAGGCAGAUAUAUGCAAUACUGAUGAUAGUGCCAGCAAAAUUCCAGAAAAUUCCAGCGAAGUAUAUUGCGAUAGGAUAGAUUUUGGUAUGAAACAUGACAUUUCUCAAAAACAAAACCAUGAUAGUUCAGAUAAUAAAGUCAGAUUGCACAUAUUUCGUGAAAAAGUGGGUAGCAUCGAUCCUUCUACUUCGUUAAACACCACCAAUGCGGGCGGUAGCUCAAACGUAAAUGAAUUCGAUCACCGUCCUAUUAAACAUCACUCAUUUGUCUCAGAAGUUCCGGACGUAAAGCAUAUGGAACGAGCUCUUUUAGGUCUUCUCGAUGAUUUUCAUUCUGGAAAGCUAAAGGCUUUUGGUUCUGGUUGCACGAUGGAACAGAUGACUAAAAUACGAGAACAACAGGAAAGUUUAGCUAAAUUGCACUUUGAGUUAGCCGCUGCUGAAGAAGAUUCAUUAGAGAGUGUUCAUGAUUUGAAUGCUGCUAAAGCACAAGAAAAUAUGUUACAAUUAGUCCAACGUCUUGAACAGUUGUCGGUUUCAAUUGAGCAGUUACAGUCAAGCCACUUAGGAUUAUGAAACACACAUUGAAUUUAAAUGUAUAGAUAUAACCAAAAUUUUUAGAUUUUGUUAAAUAACUAGAAUAAAGUACAGUGAACUUUCCUUAACGGUGUGUGUUCCUUAACUGACAAAACUAAA